GGCGAGGGGCGGGGCUGACCCGCAGGGCGCGAGUUGAGCCCCGCGGCCGGCAGGCCCGCGCGCUCUCGCCCCGCCCCCUCCCCGCGCGCGCUCGCUUGCUGGCGCGGAGGAAAACGUUGCGCAGGUUCAAAAAUGGAACGUCGGCGGCGUGAGAGAGCGCGAGGGGGUGUGCGCGCGUGCGCGUGCGCGUGCGCGCCCCGCCGAGGGUGACGGGGACCCCGCCGGCCCGAGCAUCGCGCGCAGCAGCCGCGGCCCCGCAGCUCCGCCCCCGGCCCGGCCCCGGGCCCGCUCGCCCGCCGCCCCACAUGGAGCUGUCAGCCAUCGGCGAGCAGGUGUUCGCGGUGGAGAGCAUCCGGAAGAAGCGCGUGCGGAAGGGCAAAGUCGAAUAUCUGGUGAAGUGGAAAGGAUGGCCCCCAAAGUACAGCACGUGGGAGCCAGAGGAGCACAUCCUGGACCCCCGCCUGGUCCUGGCCUACGAGGAGAAUGUUUCCUUUUCUUCUGCCACCUGCCUUGCACCCAGGGAGGAGAGAGACCGAGCGUCGGGGUAUAGGAAGAGAGGCCCGAAACCCAAGCGGCUUCUGCUGCAGCGGCUCUACAGCAUGGACCUGCGGAGCUCCCACAAGGCCAAGGGCAAGGAGAAGCUCUGCUUCUCUCUGACGCGCCCACUCGGCAGCGGGAGCCCCGAGGGGGUGGUCAAGGCGGGGGCGCCUGAGCUGGUGGACAAGGGCCCCUUGGUGCCCAGCCUGCCCUUCCCACUCUGCAAGCCCCGCAAGGCCCACAAGUACCUGCGGCUCUCACGCAAGAAGUUCCCGCCCCGCGGGCCCCACCUGGAGAGUCACAGCCAUCGACGGGAGCUCUCCCUGCAGGAGCCACCGGCCCCAGAUGACCUGCAGGCGGCCGGCGAGUGGGAGCCCGCAGAGCAGCCCCCUGAGGAGGAUGCAGAAUUGGCAGAUGGGCCCCCUCCCUGGACACCCACGCUCCCCUCAAGCGAGGUGACCGUGACAGACAUCACCGCCAACUCCAUCACCGUCACCUUUCGAGAGGCCCAGGCAGCAGAAGGCUUUUUCCGAGACCGCGGCGAGAAGCUCUGAAUCACCGUUUCCACCCACCUUCCCUGCUUCCUUUGGGGCUUGGGGUGGGGAACUCCCGAGGCAGGGAGGGGUCGGGGCAGGGUAAUUAUUUUAUUUAAAAAACCACGGAGCAGAAGACGCGUGGUCCACCAACCUCCACCACCCUGCCCUUCCUCUGCGAAGGCGUUUGCAGAGAGGCCUUGGGGCUGGGUUGGGGAGGUUGGUGUCGCUGUUGUUGGGGUCCCAUCUCCAGGCCGAUGGGGACAGGGCCACCCUGCUGCCUUGCAGCUGCUGGUUGUAGGAGGGGAAGCAGCCUUGGCGUGGGACCCCACCUCAGCAGCCCUGCCUGUCUGGUUGGUUCGGCCCUCCCACCCGCUUCUUCUGGGUCUGGGUCUUUGUUUCGAUAUUUCCACUCCAGCUUUGGCGGGGUUUGGGGGCUGCUUUCACCGCAGGCCCUGAGUCAGGGAGAAGGGGCUGGAGGGAGGGUCUGAGGAGUGUGGAGCCUGGUCCAGACCCCCCAGAGAGCAGGAGGAGGCUGCCCGAGCUGCCUCCGCCGAGAGGUGGCCCAGCACUGGCCUGUGUGGACAUGCAUGCUCACCCCGCGGUCCUUGUGCACAUUCCCACGUGCCCCAUGUCUCCAGAGUGUCCCCUGGGCCUUGCACGCCCUUUAGAAACCCUGCCGGGUGAACGUGGGCAACUCACAGCACAAGAGGACUCGCGGCGGCCACCGGCCUUGCCCGCAUCGCAGGGCGGGAUCCGGCCAGCUGCAUUUGCUCAGUGCCAGCGAGGACAGGGUUCUGGCCACGAGCUCGGCCGCACUGAUGCUCAGGCCUGCAGAUGUGGCUCCCGGUCGCACUGGCUAUGCUGCAGGCGUGCUGACCCAUCUGCACAGACUCCAAGACACUUGGGACCUGUUCUUCUCCCACAGGGAUUCUUGUCCUUUGACUCAGGUGACUUUUCAGCCCUUCCAACUCCCCUCUUUCUGCCGUCCCCUCCAGCUCCGCAACCCGCGAGGCGUGGUGUGGGCGGGUGUCCCCCUCUCAGGGCAGCCCUCGUCUCCUGGACCCUUCCUACUUCCAUCUGUGUCCCCCACCAGACCUGAAUGCCACAGUGGGGACUGACCUUGUUUCCCAUGGGGGUCCAGCCGCAGAGACAGUGGCCGUCCAGGCUGAGCGCAAGCCCCACACCCUGUGGAGGGGCCGCGCCUGCCGGGAGGUGGGAUGCUCGACUCUGGUCUGUACCUAGCUGCCCCGCAGGCCGCUAGCUCCCUGCCCUGAGGGGCGAUUGCUCCCCAUCCCAGCCCUGUCCCAGAGAAAAGGCCAGAUGGAGUGGGGGGUCCUGGGAACAGGGAGGAGUUCGGCACCCCCAGAGUUGGGGUGUCUGAACUCAGUAGAGCCAUUGUGGCUGGGGAGCUCAGCCCUGUCCCCGACUCUGUGCCUGCCCUCAGGAGGUCAUCAGAUCUCUGUGGGGACAAGGGUAGGGCAACUCUUCCCCCAGACUCCUCCCCAUUCCCAAACCAAAGAGUCUGCACCCUGUUCCUGCUUGGGAUGCCUUGUUAGCAAGAUUCCACUUCCCGGAUCUCUCCCAAUCUCUAGUUCUCAGUUGCCCGGGAUCAAUUCAGUGCUUCCAUUGGGGGACAGUCACCUGUGGGUGACCUGGUUCACUCCAGCCCAGGGAAUUGAAUCUAGAGGAGGAUGUGGGGCGGGCCUGGGAGAGGAGGGGUUUCAGCUGCAGGACCCUGAGCAGGGGAGGAGUUUGGAGUUGGGGGCGCUUCAGAGUGGGGGCUCCUAGCCUGGAAGUUGGGGGACUGAGGGCUGGGGGUUCUCUCCUGCUGAAAGUUGGACCUCGCUUUGGGACAUGGCAGCCUCUCCUGGUAGAAAUCACUCCCUCCCCGGGGACGCGGCUCUUCAUCCCUGGGGUCCUAGCUGGGAACCUGCAAGCCCCAGGUCCCGGAUGUGUGGUGGUUGUUCUGCUCCUUCCCGCGCGAUGAGCCGCCGCUUUUCUGUCUGCAGCCACAGAACGGAGCUCUCCUCUGACUCAGCCCUUCCAGGCGAGGUGCCUGGGGCCUGUGGCUCAGAGGGCUGAGGCCCAGGCCUGGCACCUGGGGGGAUGGUCCUGAGAGGCCCCGCUGGGGCGGCUGCGUGGGGGAACUGCUCUAGGCUGCUGGGGCAGGUGGCUUCUGGGAGGGGGUGGGUGUGGCCACACAGGCCUCCUCCCAGCCCUGAGUGCCCCAGCUAGGGCCAGGUGGACAGUGACCUCCCACCCCCGAGCCCCCUGGAAGGUCAGUACCCUCGGGUGGGGAGCGUGGGCCGCCUGCCUCUGCCAGCCGCCCGUGAAUGUAGAGCCUGUUGGUACUUCACUUCUGCCAGGGAGCGGGCUGGAAUGUCCCACCCACCCCUGGCACGGACCCCGAUCAUUCUGUCAGGACAGUAACCCCCUUUGCCAACGUCCUUCCGCCUCCUGCCCCGGAAGGCGUGAGGCACCCGACAGCUGGUGUAGCUUUUGCUUUACAAGUGGCCAGACGCGGCCGCCAGGUCUCAGCCAAGAACGCGUCCUUUGCACAGAUGAGCUUCAAGCUUCGUUCAGACUACAUGAAUGUACUUGGGAGGGCCGGGUGUCGGUCCCCAGUGCCGCCCCUCCUGGCCGUGCGUGCUGGGGAGGGCCAGAGCGGGUGCAGAGCGCAGUUUUAUUUUUGUACUGAUAUUGGUAAGAGACUGUAUAGCAUCUAUUUAUUUAGAUGAUUUAUCUGGUAAAUGAGGCAAAAAAUUAUUAAAGAAUUUAAAAAAAAAUUUGUGGGCAUUUGGU